GCCGGCAAUUUGGGUCGAGUGAGAACUAGGAGAGGAAAGAUACAGCUAGCACCUCAAUGAAGGCAUCUCUGCUCGGCUCGCAACCAAUAAACUAGCCGAGGAAGCGCUUGCCCCGCUUCGAGGUCAGCAUGGCGAGAUUGGUUUGUCCGCGAUUUGAUGAGUCAUUUUACUGGUCAACUUCCACCCGCGUCUCUUGCGAGGUUGAUCACAGUCCAUCUCGGUAAUUCUCAUCACGGUCGAAUUUCCAAGCCCACGGGGGGCCGAAUUUCCAAGCCCACGAGGAUCAAUCAUCUGCUCUGAUUUCAGAACCACAACUCCGAAGUCGGGCACAUCCCGCCAGGCCCAAACAAAUCAGCCCGCCAGGCUCGAACAAAUCAGCACACCAUGGCCACGCCCACCGCCCUCUUCGUCAUCGACAUCCAAAACGACCUGGCGACGCACCCCGAGACGAAAGUCCCCCACGCCGACCGCGUGCUCGCCGCCGCCGACAAGAUCCUCGCCACGGCGCGCACUAUACUAACAGCCAGCCGGCAACCCGACGCGCCGCCCCCCGCCCUCGUCGUCUUCGUCCAGCACGAAGAGCGGCCCGACCAAGGACCGCUGGUCAAGGACACGGAGCCGUGGCGGCUGGUCUACGAGCCGCGGCCCGACGCAGACGAAGAGCUGCUCGUCAGCAAGACGACGCGAGACACGUUCGAGUCGAACCCCGACCUCGCCGCCAUGCUUGCGGCGUCGGGCGUCGGCGAGAUCGUCGUGUUCGGCGUCCAGAGCGAGUGCUGCGUUGAGAGCACGUGCCGCGGCGCGCUGGCCGCCGGCUUUGGCGUGACGCUGCUGUCGGGCGCUCACUCGACGUACGGCGCCGGCGACGGGCCGGCGGUCGACGUCGAGCGCGAGGUGGAGCUGCGGCUGCGGGAUUGCGGUGUCAAGGUCGUUCCGUGGCAGGACGUCGUUGCGAGGUGGGAGGGCGAGGGGAAGUUUUGAUUUGGGCCGACUUUUUUGGGGGGGUUAGGCUGGCACCGAGUGUCCCAUGACGACUCUGGAGGAGUGCGUGGCCAAGCAGGACUGGGCUGAUGUUUUGGCCAAGUAAUAGGGGUAGGGAGAUAUUCAAUGGUCCGGGCCCAGGAACACUCGCCCAAAGAAGAAUUCAAAUUUCGAAAGCUCGCUUUUUUAA